AUGGCUAGUGAUGUGAAAAUACGUGGCCAUCUUGCUACGGAACAAGAACGUAUAAUUUCAGCACUUGAAGCAGAUAUUGCAGAGUUGCAUGCGGCACUAGCAGUUUCAAAACAACUUGAAGAGGGGAAACGGGCUGAAGCUGAUCGGCUUGAAGAACGAAUGAUUCAGUUGGAGAAGGAAGCAGAGCAGAAUCAGGCAACGAUCAGAACGAACGAAAACAGUGAGUUUUAUGGUACACCAUUCAUUAUUAGAUAUAAGACUUUCAUUCAGUUAUAUGUAUAUAUGUUUUCUGUGUGA